GGGAGGGCCCGCAGCAAGACUGGGUGCUCCGCGGCUGUUAAUGGGCCACGCGUUCUGUAAUGUUAGGAGAGGAGGCGUGUUCUCCUCCUGCUUCUUCCGCUUUUAAGCAGCUCAGGCUUCAGUGUGUGCCACAAGGGGGUAAGCAAAGCCCCGGCUCUUAUCGCUCGGGCCGGACCGUCCCCACCUUUCUCAGCUGGCGAGAGGAUGUCCGCGGCUCCGGAACCGGCUCCGCCUGGAGGGCUGUAGCGUUUUUUAAACAGGAGCCGAGGGUAUCCUGGGUUUCUCGAGCUUUACCAGCGGGUUUAAACCCAGAUUAUUGCUCCCUGCUGGUCCGUUCCCUAGCACGCCCUGGGGGGAGCCCCCGGCACGGUGCGGCGGGGAGCCGGUCCCGCCCGGCACCGCGGGGGCUCACACCUCCCCACGCCCUGACCGCCCCCCAGGCCGCCGCCGUGGGAGGAUAUCUCUGGUUUUCCCGGAGGAUAGCCCCUUCCCUUGUCCGCAGCCCACCGGGAGGUGUCUCCCCCCGGGCUGGGACCGGUGCAUCCGGUAUAGAGCCGGGAGAGGGGCGGCUGGAGGCGCCGUGCGUGGAAAAUGCAGCUCAAACGACACCUCCGGAGGCUUUCCGUGUGACGGCGAAAUGGGGCAUUCCUCGCGUGGGGUGCUCCAGCACUCUCCAGCCGCCGCAUGGGAGAGCCGGGCAUGGGGAUGGCUCCGUGUAAUUUGUAACUGGGUUUAUUAGCUGGAGGGGAAAACACAAGCAAAGAAAAGGAGCAGCAGCUGCGCUGAAGAUACUGCGCGGAGUCUAAUCUUGUGACACAAUCAUUAAUUACUAUUGUAUUAAUUACUAUUUUUCCAAAACAGUCCCUUCCCGGAAGAGCUUACAGCCCACAUCUGCUGUGUAAUGAUACUCUGGGUAGAGAAACGAUUCCCCCAUUAAGUCCCAGGUAGCGUUUACAAAUGGCAACACCUACACUA